AUGUCAAAUGUUUUGUAUAAUCCUCAACUAGUGGAAGGUGAUUCAUCCGGAUUUAAUUACAAUAGUGCUGCUGGUGUGCCAUCAAGAGGUGUGAGAGAACAGCCUGCUCUUCCAACUACACAUGAUACAACCGUCGUAGUAACAUCAUCUGCCACUGCCUCCACUAAUCCGACGGUUUUAAUUGGUACAACAUUAAGUCCAGACUACGGUAAAUUGGGCGGGGAACAUGGAGGGGCUGGUACAAGAUCAGAUGAUCGGCUUGGACAAAAUGUACCACAAACAGGUGAUACAACAUCGCCCGUCUCAAAUCUCAAUUCAUAA